AUAAUGUAUGUGGAAAGUGACAAUAAAAGAUGAAUAAGACGGAAACCCUAAGGAAGUCUCAUCUAACACGUAGAAAAGUUGACUGUAUGUCAGAAUAACAGUCAUGACUUACUGAAUCAUGCGAAAUAAUAUAAAAGGAAGUUGACAAUAAACGAAAGAAUAAAAAGAAUCCUAAAGAGAAAUCUCACGCAAUGAACAAACUGCGGCACUCGCUUAUGCGGUCCCGCACGCCCACGGGCGCGGAGAUGAAGCACCAGAACAGCCUGGAAGUCCCCGUCCCUCAGGUCAGGUCGGCGUCCUUCGAUGAAGUCCAAUACAAAGGAAGGCCCCGGGACCCAUGCCACCUUAUGGGGACUGCGACGAAGGCCAUGAGGCCUCCCCAUGCCGGUGAAGGAGGGGGUAGUAGUGGGGUCAGUGUCAUCGGAUCACAGGGGACGUCACUGGAGGUCCCGGGAAGCUCCUCCACGAGUUCGUCUUUCCUCCUGAAGGUGCCGUACUUAGUUCCUAAAAGAUCCAAGUCUUUUGACUCGGGGUGCGGGGAGGACGAGGAUGGGGGUGAGGUGCACCCCAAACGAGGGAUGCGUACUCCCUCCUACGACCGGGCCGCCCAUUGUAUUCAUUGCGCGUACCUCGAAAUUAUCGAAAAGCGAAGAUCGUCCCGAUUGACGUUUGCGUUUUCCGAUAAAAGCACAUCGAAGGAAGACGAUGAGGCAGAUUGGGAGAACAGCAGUGAUGACCUAAACGCAGUAAUGGGUGGAAUUAAGGUGACUUUAAGUCCAAAUUCCCCAUCUGCGACCUCUCCAACCCAUGAAGACGACAUUGCGGCACCCACGCUGCCGAGAAUCUGCCGCGCCAACUCUCCGAAACUGGAACGGCAGCCUGCGAUUUACUGCAUGCCAUCCAUGCCGGCAGACCUCAGUUCCCAAGAGAACAGCGUAGACUUCAGCGAUGGCGUCGAGAGUUACCAUGGAUCCAUAGGAUACCUAGGAUCCUCCAGCGAAUACGGUGAUGCAGAAUCCUGCGCUGCCAACUUUGGUGACACCGAGAACGUAAGCGACGUCAGUUCACACGUGACGUACACCGGCGACGUUUUCUUGAACGUACCCACGAAGCUGGAUCGCGCCGUGUCCUUAGAUAUGGCGUUCUCUUCGUCAUAUCCUACGUCGUUCGCCGACUCCAGAGGUCGUCAGGCUCAGCAUUCCGGCUCUGGAAUUCCGCGUUCCAUUUCCCUGGAGCCGCCGCAGGCUCUGCGAUCCAAGAGCAUCGACAUUGAGCUGCCGACCGACAGCGACGACGAUUAUAAAGUCUUUCUCACGGCCUCACAGACCACUAAGAAGGCCAUCAACAGCGAGGUUGAGAUCUGUUGCGAGGGCGGGGAGCGGCGCGUGAUCAGGGCGACGUGCGACUGGCAGGCGACGGCCGUCAACGGCGACCACUUGUGGUGCCCCACUAGCGCGUCCGGGGACUUCUGCUACGUCGGGGAGGAGUCUUGUUGUAAAAAUGGCGCGCGGCUCAAGUGCAGCGCGUGCAAGAUCGUCGCGCACACUCACUGCGUGCCCACUCUGCUGGAGGGCGUCAAGUUCACAUGCAAACCCACCUUCAGGGAUGUGGGUUUGCGCCAGUACAGGGAGCACACCACAACCCACCACCACUGGGUCCACAGACGCAACCAGAAGGGAAAAUGCAAGGCCUGCAAUAAGGGUUUCCAAGGCAAACUCCUGUUUGGCUCCAAGGAGAUCGUGGCUAUCAGCUGCAGUUGGUGCAAGCAGGCGUUCCAUAACCGCGAGGCCUGCUUCCCCAUCUCCAAACUGGAGGAAACCUGCUCCUUGGGUGAGUGCUGCUCCAUGGGACUACACUCAUUAAAAUUCAAGGCUCAAUUCGUGUCUUUUUUUCGGGGGUCUAAGGACCAGGGGGGCGACGAGGCGGCGGGGGGCGGGGGGCCCAGCGCCCCCCCUGACGAGGCGCAAGCGCCGGACAAGGACGUGCGGACGUUUGCUAUCAAGCCCAUCCCCAACGCUAACGUCCGGCCCGUGCUCGUCUUCAUUAACCCCAAGAGUGGGGGAAAUCAGGGGGCUAAACUCAUGCAGAAAUUCCAGUGGCUUCUCAACCCCCGUCAGGUGUUCGAUCUCACACAAGGGGGACCUCGCGCUGGGAUGGAGAUGUUCAGGAAGGUCCCCCAGCUGCGGGUGCUGGCGUGUGGGGGGGACGGGACGGUGGGCUGGGUGCUCAGUGUGCUGGACGAGCUCGCCAUCGACCCGCCGCCCGCCGUGGCGGUGCUGCCGCUGGGCACCGGCAACGACCUGGCCAGGGCGCUGGGCUGGGGCGGCGGGUACACCGAUGAACCCAUCAGCAAGAUCCUCUGCAAUAUAUCAGAUGGGGAAGUCAUCCACCUGGACCGGUGGAAGCUCGACGUCUCCCCCAACCCCGAUGCUCCCCCCAACGAGGAGGGGAGGGAUGCCCCACCCCUCACGGUCGUCAAUAAUUAUUUCUCCUUCGGCGUGGACGCCCACAUCGCCCUCGAGUUCCAUGAGGCCCGGGAGGCCAACCCGCAGAAGUUCAACUCGCGGCUGCGCAACAAGAUGUUCUACGGGCAGGCGGGCGGGAAGGAUCUCUUGCAGCGGCGCUGGAAGGACCUCUGCGAGAUGUGCACCCUCGAGUGUGACGGCAAGGACCUCACGCCCCUCCUUAAGGAGCACCGCGUGCACGCCUUAGUUUUCCUCAACAUCCCCAGCUACGGGUCCGGCACGCACCCUUGGAACAGGAGCUGCGGUGCCGAACAGCGCACAGACGACGGCAAGAUCGAGGUGCUCGGCCUCACUACCUACCAGAUGCCCCUCCUGCAGGCGGGAGGACAUGGCACUUGCCUUACCCAGUGCACCCGCGCACGCAUCGUCACCACCAAAACCAUCCCCAUGCAGGUUGAUGGGGAGGCGUGUCGGGUGAACCCCGCCAUCAUCGAGAUAUCUCACCUCAACAAAGCACCCAUGGUCACCAAGAUGAAGGCUAAGGCUAGCGGGCCGCGAGCGCCGCUGCAGGCGCGGCUGCAGGUGGCGGUGCUGGGGAUGAAGGCCUACACGCAGCACCACUACGACAAGGAGAAACUUAGGCUCGCAGCCACGCCACUCUUCCAGCUCGAUCUGGACCACGACAGCGACCUGGAGCACGUGCGCCGCAUCAUCAACAAGAAGAUCAGCGACGCGGGGGCCCCACCGCUGGCCGAGCAUUGGUGCUUCCUCGACUCGUGCACUGCGGAGCGAUUCUUCCGCAUCGACCACGGUCAGGAGCAUCUGCACUUCGUCACUGACGUGUGCAGUGAUGAGCUCUUCCUCCUCAACCCUGACGAUGACGUUCCCCCUGCCUCCUCGUCUGAGGGAGACGUGAUCCCCACUCAAUCUGUAGGGGACGUUGCCCCCCAACCCUCCUCUGACUCUCCCCUCUCCCCUUCGGCAAACUGCAGACUUGCCGCAGAUGUCGUCGCCGGCGAUGUCAGUAACCUGCUAGAGCGACACACCGAGAAUCUCAUCAAAGCCGCCAAGCUUGGUGACUUGAAGGCCGUGAAGGAGGUGCACCAGGCAGGCUACUCGCUGCUCAGCAUCGACGCGAGGGGCCAGACGGCUCUUCACCACGCGGCUCGCUUGGGCCACCGGGACGUCGUGAGGUACCUCGUGGCCGCGGCCCCUCCGGCCCUCCUCGACCUCACCGACACAGAGAGAGGCCAGUCCGCCCUGCACUUAGCCGCCGCCAAUGGUCGACGCAACGUCUGUUGUAUGCUGGUGGCCGCCGGCGCCUCCCUAUUCCUGAAGGACACUGAUGGACACACGCCUCUGUCCCUCGCCAGGCGGGCGGACGACCAAGAACUUGCCCAGUACCUCGAAAGUGAGGGGCGCCGCGCUGCCUCCUCGGCGCCCGACAUCGAGACGACCGUAUGAUGCAGGGGCGCCUAGGCCGACCGUAUGAUGCAGGGGCGCCUAGGCCGAUCGUAUGAUGCUGGGGCGCCUAGGCCGACCGUGCGAUGUAGAGGCGCCUAGGAAGACCGUGUGAUGUACAGUUACGGGCAUUUUUAUUGGCAACACGCUUAAAAAUAUUUAAUUUGAGAAAUAUAAUAAUUUGAAGCAUUUAUUGCAAUUUCUGCAUUUAUUUUCAGUUAAAUUCAUCAAAGAACAUCUAAUUACUGUGCAUAACGAAUAGUAAAACGUUAGAUCUUUGUUGUAUUUAUAUUUAUUAGAAAAAACACCAAAAGCAAAAGUAAUG